ACUAAACUGUGGAUUAGCAAUGCUUCGACUCAGGAGAGAGACACUUGCGGUUCCAUUUUUUAAGGUGCAGUGUAGCACACUUGUUGGUUGAAAUGAAGGAAAGACAUUUUUAUAUUUUCUGAGUGUGGAUGGUCGGGGGAAAUUCUUAACGGUUGAUUCCUUCGUUGUCAUUGCUCCCUUUAAAACUGAACUACACCAAAACUGCUGAAUCCUCCUGUCCCUCUUUUUGUCUUUUGCGGUUUCAUUUUUUUUUUUUAUAUCUGUUUUGGUCUCUAUUUUUUUUAACCCCCAGUUCACAGCAGAAAAAAACUCCACAGAACAUUUAUUGAAUACACUGCUGCUUAUCAAAACAUCAAAAUCAAAUAUAUUUUUAAAAUAUUUAUCAUACAAAAAAAGAAAGAAAAAAAGCAAAUUCAUACCCAUUGCUCUCCACUACCUCUUAUUUUAUACUGUAUACAGUAACACCAAACAUUUAAAAUAUUUUUUUUUUUCAAAGCAAUUCCUAUAUUCAAGUACCUUUUUGUUGCACUUUUUAAACUUAAUCCUAAGCCUUUUGAAAUCAAAUUUUUUUUGUUUUGUUUUUUAAUAAUUGUUUUAAAUGACCCAAAAAUACUUGGACUUUAAAGAUUUUGAGCAAUUUUUGUUAGAUUUUUUUUAAAUGCUUUAAUAAUUUGUAAGCCAGAGUGAAAUAUCAGAAACUUUAAACUCAAUUUGUUAAAAUUCCAAAUUUCUCCAGCUUGCUGCUUUUAAAAAAUUAUUUCGUAAUCAUUUUCAACUUUGAGAAUUAGUUUUUGCAACAAUGCUCAUCUUGUGGCCUUUUUGUAUAAUGCUGAAAGGACGACGACUUCUCCGCUAGUCUUCCUUUGCAUUUGUGCUGUCUUGACAACACACUCACAAACGGAUCAUUUUCCGGGACACGCUGCCUUCCUGCCCCCUGGGUGAUGCCGAGCGGCAGCAUGAGUGGGGGCGUGUCUGGACCCACUUCUCCACCCCACCCCACUGUUCACUCCAGACCUCUCCGGCCUAGUCGCUACGUGCCAGUCUCUGCGGCAACAGCCUUCUUGGUCGGAGCAACCACCCUCGUUCUUCUGCUUUACACGUGCCCUUGGCUUUCAGAGGAGUUUUCCGUUGCUGUGCCAAUAUACAAUGGCAUUAUGUUUAUGUUUGUUCUGGCCAACUUCUGUAUGGCCACCUUUAUGGAUCCUGGCAUCUUCCCUAGAGCUGAGGAAGAUGAGGAUAAAGAGGAUGAUUUCCGAGCUCCUCUUUACAAGCUAUGGACUGUGGAGAUUCGAGGUAUUCAAGUGCGGAUGAAGUGGUGCUCCACCUGCCGUUUCUACAGACCCCCGCGUUGCUCACACUGCUCCGUGUGCGACAACUGUGUGGAGGAUUUUGAUCAUCACUGUCCAUGGGUCAACAACUGUAUCGGCCGGAGGAAUUACCGUUACUUCUUCCUGUUCUUGCUCUCUUUGACGGCUCACAUAAUGGGCGUGUUUGGCUUCGGCCUGCUUUUCAUUCUCUACCACACCCAGCAGCUGGACAGAGUGCAUUCAGCUGUCACUAUGGCUGUCAUGUGUGUCGCUGGGCUUUUCUUCAUCCCAGUGGCAGGUCUCACUGGUUUCCAUGUUGUUCUGGUGGCAAGAGGCAGGACCACCAAUGAGCAGGUAACAGGGAAGUUCAGGGGAGGUGUGAACCCCUUCACUAACGGCUGCUUGAGGAACGUCUCACACGUUCUGUGCAGCUCACAGGCACCCAGGUAUCUGGGUAGAAAGAGAAAGGCUCAGACAGUGUCUGUUCAGCCUCCUUUCCUCCGACCGCAGCUUACUGAGGCUCAGCUGGCAGCCAAGGUGCUCGACAACGGAAUCCAAGGAGACCUUCACCGGUCUAAGAGCAGUUUGAUGGAGAGUCAGUCUGCUGACGCCGAGCCUCCACCUCCACCUAAACCAGAGCUCAGAUAUCCUGGGCUGUCACGAGGACCUGCCGGACACUCUGAGGAGAGUAGUCUGUUGAAUAAAGCCCCGCCCACCCCCACCAUGUUCAAGUACAGGCCCACAUACAGCAGCCCGGGCAAGAACCACACUGCCCUCACACAUGCCUAUGCCAACCAGAUGAGUCGCGGGGACAGUCUUAAAGAGUCUUCUUCCUCUCUCCUCCAGUCCAGUCAGCAGCCAGGCUAUCGCUCUGAGCCCAGUCUGGAUGGGCGUGAAGGGGGUGGAGGAGCGGAGCGAAGCGGGCCAGAGCGAACAGCUGGGGGUCCUGGAGGACCUCCAGGCUCAGGGAUCACCGGAUACUCCCUAGGAGGGCGUUCGUAUCCCUCCUUCUCUGAUCCCACAGUUCUUGCCGGAGGGGCCUCGCGGUCCUCACGGUCCUCCAGUGUUCGCUCUUCCCACAAUGCCCCGCCAUCUGAAGCCACAACCUCCACCAGCUACAAGAGCUUAGCCAAUCAGACGCCACCACCGGCUCCUCGGAACGGCAGUCUGUCAUACGAUAGUCUGCUCACGCCGUCUGAAAUCCCAGAUUUUGAAUCGGCAGCACCUGAGAUGUCACCAGGCCGACCGCACAUGCCUGUAGUGGGAUACAGUUCGCCUUUCCUGUCGGCACAGAUCGCCCAGCAGCGGGAGACGGAGCUCCACCAGCCAUCUGCCUCCAGUGCCGCCCUCCUUGCCUCCCCGCUACACACCGGCUAUCUACGUGGCUCCCCCUCCUCUCCGCCGGUUCCACCUGAACGCGAGCGGGAACGCCUGCUGCACGACUCUCAGCAUCACCACCACCACCACCAUCAUCACCAUCACCAUCGGCCGCCCCGCUUCUCUCGACCCCCCCUGCUCUCUGACUCGGGCCCACCUCAGCCCUCAUAUCCAUACCGCACGCGCUCCACUGACACACCCCUGCCGCCCACCACUCACCCUCCACAUUCGCCACACCCCCCACCGCUGGGGAAGUCUCUGUCUUACUCUAGCGCUGCCGCUGCAGAGAUGCAGUACCGCCUGGUCCGCAAAGCCUCAGCCUCGGUCGGGGGAGGGGGCAUACAGGCGCCAAAGGACGAGAUUCAGAUGAAGUCAUAUAGUCGGACAAACGGGCAACCGAAACCUUCUUCCACCCCUUCAUCCCCCUCUCAUCCUGUCAGCGUGUCCACUCGCCCAGGUCAGGCAUAUUCCAGUGCUGGCUCUUCUCAGAGCCCCGCCCACCACAAGCCUGGAGGUGGGGUGAAGAAGGUGACGGGCGUCGGAGGGACCACUUACGAGAUAUCAGUGUGAGAGACACCCUGGUUUGACCCAUGUAUUCAAGAAUGGAGCCAUGGACUCAUGUUCCUCACCGACACAGAAG